AUGGCUGUCGCUUUGACCGCUGCUCUGGGUUCAAUGUCUGCAUUCGCUGAUACGACGAAUGGCCAAAUUGAAUUCCAGGGUGAACUGGUGAAUACCGCAUGUGGUCUGGCGCCAGGCUCCAGCCCGGUAAGCGUUGAUUUUGGCCAGAUUCCUGUUUCUGCGCUGGCUAAUG